AUGGCGGCUGCGGCUUUAGACGUAAUUGUCAUUUCUGGUGAGGAGUUACGAAAACAUCGCACGUCGAAAGACUGCUGGAUUGCUGUACAUUCCAAGGUAUACGAUGUAACUGAGUUCCUUGAAGAGCACCCAGGAGGAUCAGCGAUUAUUCUGAAAUAUGCCGGUGCCGACGCUACACAGGCGUAUGACGAAGUCCACUCUCCAGGAAUCAUACACGAGACUCUAGCUGGAGAACACUACAAAGGCCAGAUCGAUCCUUUUGACACUCCAAAGGUGGAGGAACCGGUAAAGACUACCACAAAUGUUGAGCAGGUCAAGGUGGCCGAAAUCACAGCAGUCAAGUCCGAGAUCCCACAUCUAAGCACCCUCUUAUCAGUUACAGAUUUCGAAGCUGUCGCCCAGAAGAAGUUUUCAGCAAAGACAUUCGCAUUUUACUCAUCAGCAGCCACCGAUCUCAUUUCACAUCGCGAUAAUAUCGAAAGCUAUCGCAGUUUACUGCUCAGACCGCGCGUGCUUCGCAACGUCAAGAAUGUCUCGAUAAAACGCCGUAUUCUGGGUUAUGAGAGUAGUGCACCUUUCUUCGUCAGUCCCGCCGCAAUGGCAAAACUAGCACAUCCAGAUGGAGAACUAGCGAUCGCACGAGCUUGCGCAGAAGACAACAUUAUACAAAUUAUUUCCAAUAAUGCUUCCUACCCUCUACAAGAUAUCGUCGCAGCAGGAAAGCCCGGCCAAAUAUUCUUCUUGCAGCUUUAUGUCAAUUCGGAACGACAAAAGACGGAGCAAUUACUUAAAAAAGCCCGUGAAGCUGGCAUCAAAGCGAUAUUCGUCACAGUAGAUGCUCCUAUUCCCGGAAAGAGAGAAGCUGAUGAACGAAUCUCGGCAGAGAAUUUUGUCUCUGCCAUGAGUGGAGCGGUAGCCACAAACGACAAGAAAGGAGGUGGUCUUGGUCGAGUCAUGGCUCAGUACAUCGAUUCGUCGUUGAAUUGGGAGGAUUUGGCUUGGAUAAAGAGGGUUUCGAGAUUGCCUAUUUUCUUGAAGGGAGUGCAGACAGCCGCUGAUGCAAAAUUGGCUGUUGAAUAUGGCUGCGCGGGUGUUUUGUUGAGUAAUCACGGAGGCAGAUCCUUGGAUACUGUACAACCGGCAAUUGUAACAUUAUUGGAAAUCCACAAGGAAUGUCCAGAGGUCUUUGGUCAGCUAGAGAUCUAUGUUGAUGGUGGUAUUCGACGAGGAACCGACAUAUUGAAGGCACUCGCACUAGGAGCUACAGCCGUUGGUGUUGGUCGACCAUAUCUGUACUCUUUAGCUUAUGGUCAAGAGGGUGUCCAGCACUUGACCGAGAUCCUCAAGGAUGAACUUGAAUGCACGAUGAAGUUGGCAGGAAUCACAAACCUAGACCAGGCAAAUCCUGGCAUGGUUAAUACUAUCAAGUUGGAACAUCUCAUUAGGACAGGGGGGGAGAGGCAUCCCUGGAUUAAAUGGGAGCCAAGGUUUAGACUUUAG